AAUCCACAGAUCACAGAGUACCUCUGUAUAUCCCCUAUCCCCUGUGAUAAGCCCUGUUCUAUGGAUCCAAUCAGCGGAUAACCUAAACGUUUGAUGCUGCCUCGAAAAUCUGUUUAUUGCUUUUUUUUUAUAAAACAUUGGUUUAAUAUGCCGCUUCCUCCAGCGCUAGCGGCUAAAUUAGCCAAAAGAGGCCUGAUAACGUCUAAGCAAAGGACAGUCGAUCCCCUAAAGAAGCCCGAUUUCAAAGGCCUAUCGACUUGUCCCAACAAAAAUAAUAUAUUCCAUGAGUGCAACCACUGGUGUGAGACUCAUUGGAAAGGAGUGCCCAAUCCUGAUGCCAAAUAUCUUCGAAACAUGCAAAAGCUACUAUCCAAAUAUCCUUUACCAAAUAAUUGGACGGAGAUAUUCGAUAAAGGACUGGGAAGAUAUUAUUACUGGAACAUGGAAAACGACAUUGUCACAUGGCUACCUCCCAAGCAUCCUAAAGCAAUAUUAACGAAAAGUGCUGCCAAAUUAAGAGAAUGGCGUCUACAAGAUAAAAAGCAGAAGGAAAUGGAUGAGAUGCUUAGAAAAGAAAGAGCCGAGAGAGACAACAUGGGCAGAGAUCGUGACAAAGACUCUGAUGAUGAGGACAGAAGUUACAAAUCAAAAUAUUCGGACAGGAGAGAUAAAGAACGAGACAGGGAUGACCGAAGAGGCAAAAGAGAACGCGAAGAUCGCUAUAGAAGAGAUCGUGACAAAAGGAAAAGAGAUGACCAACUUGAUCCUAUGGAUCCAGCAGCUUACUCCGAUAUUCCCCAAGGAACGUGGAGUGAUGGAUUGGAAUCGAAUAAAACCAGAGCAGACAGCACUGCUUCCGGUGUGCUUUUCCAACAGAGACCUUAUCCUGCUCCAGGCGCGGUUUUGGCUUCAAACAGAGAAAAGGAAGAAAAAGAGCGAAGAAAGUAAAAGCGUACUAUUCUAGGUACAUGCGUGUAUUUUUAAAUAAAAAACUUUACUCUUACCUAAGCUUUACAUUGCUAAUUAGAAUGUAAAGAUUUCUUUCCGUGGAAUUGGAACGCUAUUAGUUUGACCGUCGUUUUUUUAUUCUCGAGAUGUAAAAAAAAUUCAGUAAAAUGCACACAUUUAUUUAUAGAAAAUACAGUACUUAGAUAUAUUUACAGGCUUAUUAUUACCAAAUUAAGAAUGCUUAAUGCCCUAAUAAAAUAAAUAACUUAGUAAGAGUUGAUAUAAGAAA